UUUUAAAUUCUCAUAUUAUAUAAUAUUACACCAACCCGCUUUGUUCUAGCCAGGGCAAGAAGGGGAAGAAGAAGAAGAAGAUCAGAACCAACAAGAGAGAGAAAGUGAGGAUAGUCAGUUACUGCACAUUCCAUUGCAGCUCAUAAUAUUAUACCUUCUUCCUUCUUUCCUUCCUUCCUUCAAUCUUCUCCGAUCUUCUUCUUCUGCUUUCUCUUCCAUUAUUAACUGUUGGUAGCUCAGAGGGAGAGAGAGAGAGAGAGCAAGCAAAUGGGGCAUCACUCAUGCUGCAGCAAGCAGAAGGUGAAGAGAGGGCUGUGGUCACCUGAGGAAGAUGAGAAGCUCAUCAACUACAUCUCCACCUAUGGCCAUGGCUGUUGGAGCUCUGUCCCCAAGCUUGCAGGCCUACAAAGAUGUGGGAAGAGUUGCCGGCUCCGGUGGAUAAACUAUCUCAGACCCGACUUGAAGCGUGGGAGCUUCUCCCAGCAAGAAGCGGCUCUCAUCAUCGAGCUCCAUAGCAUUUUGGGCAACAGGUGGGCUCAGAUAGCGAAGCAUUUGCCGGGUAGAACGGACAACGAGGUGAAGAACUUCUGGAACUCGAGCAUUAAGAAGAGGCUGUUCAUGUCUCAUCCUCACGAUCACCACCACCAUCAUCAAUAUGUUCAUGCCCCCCCUCAUCCUGUCUCUGGCUUCCCCCACGAUCAUCAUCCUAUAGCUCCAAACCCUAGUUAUUAUGAUGAAGCUCAUGGGGGGAGCUUUCUCAGCUCGCUCCAUUCCCAAACCAACCUGAUACUGGCAGCUGCGGCUCAACAGGACCAAGUCAUGCAACGGGCAAAUGCUGCCACUCCUAUGCCAAGCAACCUCGAACUCGAUGAGAUGAGUAACAAUUUCAGUGCAGCUGUCGGUGCUAUCACUUUGAACUCACUUCAGCUGCCUGAAUUGUACGCUCCAUCGUGCGAUAACCCCUUAUGGUCUCUCCAAUUCCCGCUCCUUCACCAUCAGGCUGAUCCUUGCAACCAAGUGCCUCCGGAUCAAAUGCCAGUCUGUGUCGAGGGAGCUCAUCAAAUCAUAGCUGAUACUGGAGAUACGGCGUAUGUUGAUUCGCUGUGUACGGUGGUACAAGGCUAUGAUGAUGAAAAUUAUCACAGCAAUAUCACAUCUUCCACCGUACUUACAAUGCCCAAGCUAUGCGACAUGGUAAUGCCGAUAUCCUCAUCUACUUCUCAAGAAAUAAACCCGGUCUCCUUUCUCCAGAACGGAUUUUACCAUCAAGACCCCCUGUACAUGUCACAAUAUGAGAUGGAUGACUACAUCGACACGGUCGUGUCUUCGCUACCUCCAUCAUCAUCGUCUUCAUAAUCACCACCAUCAUCACCGUCACAAUCGCAGUUAUCAAGCGGUCUAUUAUUUGCUACAAACCCUAGUCCUACCUUCGCUUUUCCGGGCCCGGGUCAACUUCAGCAGCCCCCACCACCUGCGGAUUCGAAAUAGCUACCAGUUCAUUGCUGCUACUGUGAACGAGAAUUCAAUUAAUACGCGUGACAGCGAUUUUAAUUCCUUUGGAUUUUUAUCUGAAUAAGGUAUAGUGGCGAGGUUAAAUAUGGGGAAAGGCCUACGAGGAUUACCAGCUCCUGGGAUCCCGCAGAAAAGAGGGAUACCUCUCUGCAAUUUCAUAAAGAUUUGUGUAAGUUCCUUCACAUGCAUUUACAUGUAUGUUUCCUUUUGAUUCUAUAUAUUUGUAUCGUAUCCCCAUUCUAUAUAUAUAUAUAUAUAUAUAUAUGAAUAAACAAUUUCUCUC